GGAGCUGUGCCGCCGGACUCACCCCUCCGGCUUUGCUCCGUUUGCUUUGUAAUUUGACGGCUCUGAACGCUCUUUUUCUCCUGCCUGAUUUCACACCUUUAAUUCUUUUUAAGUGUCUACUAGAAAGCGCCUGUACGUAAAGGGAGUUCCCUCUACAUCUGCAUUCCUUAAUCGUAUUUGUUUUCAAAGCUUACGAUGCUAAUUAUUUGCAACACAAAGUUCUUUUUGCCGUUCCUUUGUGUCAGACCCACAGAACAGGUUGCUGUGCGGGCUGUUAAGUACUUGUCUCGUUUCUCUCUACUUCUCCCAGCUCCUUAACGCCCGUCCGUGCUGCUCGGCUGCUGUGCCUCUCCUGUUUACAGCUCUGGAUGCUCUCUCGCACAUGGAUGAAUUACCUUUAGCACAGUAAAUUGUUUCCCAGCCCCUCCCGAAACGUGUUCAGACUUUCAGAACGGAGGAUUGCUGCUUGUGAGCGUGUGCGGGGAGCUGCGGGGCCACCACGGGUUUGUGCUCUGUGUCUGGCGGCACCAUGAGCUCCGGCACCACCGCCCCAAUGAGGGUGGUCAGCAGCCUCGCCAACACCGACGUCAACUAUGUCAUCAAAGAGCACUAUAAUUACACGGGGAAGCUAAAUGAGAAUGCGGACAGUGGAAUAAAAGUGACGUCGGUGGUUUUUAUCAUCAUUUGCUGCUUUAUAAUUUUGGAGAACAUUUUUGUCUUGCUCACCAUCUGGAAAACCAAGAAAUUUCACAGACCAAUGUACUAUUUCAUUGGGAACCUGGCUCUUUCAGACUUGCUGGCUGGCGUGGCUUACACUGCCAACCUCCUGCUCUCCGGACACAAAACUUACAGCCUCACUCCUUCCCAGUGGUUCGUAAGGGAGGGCAGCAUGUUUGUCGCCUUGUCAGCUUCUGUGUUCAGCUUGUUGGCCAUCGCCAUUGAGAGAUACAUCACCAUGCUGAAGAUGAAGCUCCACAAUGGCAGCAACAGCUUCCGCUCUUUCCUGCUGAUCAGUGCCUGCUGGGUUAUCUCUGUGAUACUUGGAGGACUCCCGAUCAUGGGCUGGAACUGCAUCAGCCUCUUGUCAAACUGCUCCACGGUGCUGCCGCUCUAUCACAAGCACUAUAUUCUGUUUUGCACCACAGUUUUCACCGGCCUUUUGCUUUCUAUUGUUGUCCUCUAUUGCAGGAUCUACUCCAUGGUGAGGACUAGGAGCCGUAGGCUGACAUUUCGGAAAAACAUUACCAAAGCUACCAGGAGCUCAGAAAAGUCACUGGCCUUGCUCAAGACAGUAAUCAUAGUCCUGAGUGCCUUCAUUGCUUGCUGGGCUCCCUUGUUCAUCCUGCUUUUAUUGGAUGUGGGCUGUAGAGUGAAGACCUGCCCGAUCCUGUAUAAAGCAGAGUAUUUCUUAGUGCUGGCCGUGCUCAAUUCAGCCACGAACCCUAUCAUCUACACCUUAACAAACAAAGAAAUGCGGAGGGCUUUCAUCAAGAUUCUGUGCUGCUGCAAAUGUCCCCCCACAGACUCUGGGACUAAAUUCAAGAGGCCGAUCAUCGGAGGGAUGGAGUUCAGCCGGAGUAAGUCGGACAAUUCCUCCCACCCGCAGAAGGAGGAAGGCGACCGUCCUGAAACCAUCAUGUCUUCAGGCAACGUUACCUCAUCUUCUUAGGAGUGACCAUGGAGGUGUGUUUAGAGCCUUCCUCUGAAACUGGGAGCUGAGGCACCUCCUGCUCGCUGCAGCAGUGCUGGGCUGAGGAGCGAGUAGCAUUAGUUCUAACGAGGCCAAUGGUGCGCUUGCGAGGCCGGAGUUCAAGAAAUGGGACACGCUGUUCUGGCUCGAAAAUCCAUUUCCCUGGAGCAUGUUUUGUCUUUGCACUGAGGCGGCUCAGGAUUGUCAGGCGCAUUCAUAUCCUGAAAUCUCCUUAGUAACUAUGAAAGACUGAUGCCUUGGGGAAGUGAUGCCUGGUGUGUGCAAGAGAAUGAGAGUGGGGGAAGAGGCAGAGGGAGAAUGAAUCUUUUUUUUUUUCUUUUUCUUUUCCCCGUGAGAAGAAUGUGAAGUUAUUUUUCCUUUACUUGCAGCAAACCACUGACACAAAGCUCUUUCUGUACUGGGUUUAGCGAUGGCUCGUAUAGUUGGUCAGAAGUGUUUGUUUAACACAUAACAAGGAAAGAGAUGGUGUACAGGUAUAAUUUAUACCGCGGUCAACCAUAAUUUGACAUCACUUUCCAGAGUUUUUAGUUAAAUAGUAAGGUUUUAUUUGCAGGGUCCAAAGCUGUUGGAGUUUAAUUUAGCAAGAUCAUAGCUGUGAAUUUUUGUUGGUGGUCCUUAUUACAUUUGAAGACCAAGAGCCAGGCUCUGUAGUUACACUCCCUUGUACUAUUCCAUGACUGCGUCAGGUUUCAUGGAGUCGCUCAGAGCAGCGUUUGGCCCCAUGCCUUGUUUGCCAUGUUAUAUAGCAUUAAAUAAGCUGCAUUAUCGUGACAAAAUGCAAGGUAGAACUGAAGGUCACUUCUUGUAAAGAUGACGGAGAGUGAAUCUAGUAGAUUAAAAUACUGCUGACAACAGCAGGAUUUUUAGUGAGGUGAAAAGAGCUAAAAGCUGAAGGCAAAGGUUAGAGUCAGGUGAGAAAGGCAAAAGGUAAACAUCGGUCAUAUCAUCUGAAAAGAAAGCCUUGAGUUUCAGAAAAGUAAGAUUUCAAGUGAAAUGACUGUAGAUAAAUGCACUUCUGUAACAAAAAGCAACACAUUUUGGCACAUUCUAUUAAUGUUCAUAAUUGCAGGAAAUAUGUUUGUAUUAUAUCAGUUCACGGCUUCGUGGGAGAAGUGCUUGUCGUUAAAAUGAAUGUAUUGUUUUACAGUAUCGUUUUUACUUCUCUGGUUUUCUAACCUGUGCUAAUGGGGUUGAAUGUGUACAAUGUAAAUAAGUUAAUGAGAUACAGGAGUCUUCACGCACCUCGAGUAUUACUGUAACAAAAGUGGUAUAUCUGGGGUAGCUGAGAGCAACUGACUGAUUUACAGUUAUGGACAACUCCUAGAAGUGGUAUUUUGUAAAAAAAA